ACUUGGUUUUGUGGCACCUGCGUGAAAAAAAUGGCAGUGCAAAAUUUGCAACGCGAAAAAUAAAGAAGUUGCUUUUUGAACGCGUUUGGAAAAAUCAAUUCUUUGCUACUUCAUUCGGUUGCCGAAGUCGGCGCUGCAGUUGACGGCGCAGCCGUUGAACCACUACAGCUGUCAUCAGCAGAGCCAGCACCGAGGCAUAUUGCAUUGUAGUAAAGCGAACUGCCAACAGCAGACGACGAACCACCCGCCCAAACUAUUAUGCGGCGCUUAGGCGGCCACCCACUCCAGCAGAGCAGAUUCGAGAACCCCCCCGCGCGAUUUCGUGUACACGCCAGCUGCACAGUAGCGUAACGGCAUCAAGCGAAGCAGCUAGCAAGUGACGGUGGUGAAGAAGAAACUCCAAGGAAAUCCCCCACGUCGAGUUGGUAUUUUCGUGUGAGCCAUCGCUGGCUAACUGCACUGUCAAGUGUGUGGUCGCGUACUGUGUGUGAUUCUUGAGACGAAGUUUGUCACCGCUGAACUCUUGACUUGACUGUCUGGCCAAAUGACUGACAGAAUGAGGUGUGUUGCCUAUAAGAGGUGCGGGCGUGCGGGGCUGUUUCGUUUGUGAAGAAUACAAAAUCAUAAGCAAAAAGUGCAAAUGUGCAACGAGUGAAUAAUACUUUGUAUGCCGCAUUACACAUGCAAUUCUUUACUCGGUGCAGUAGACGGCGAGAUAAACAAAUCAAUACAUACAAUGCCUGCGACGCUUUGUUAUUAAAAACCACUGGGACCUCGAAUAGUAGCAAACACAACCAGCUAUAAAAUGUCUCCUCUAAGACUAGUCUACUGUUUGGUGCUUUUCGCCGGUGUUCGAGCGAGUACACCUGAGCAUCCGUUCGCCUGUAUGAGUUAUAUGGAAGAUGAGAAGUUCAUAAAUGAUGAUGAUGACUUUGACGAAUAUUCAGCAAAUGGCGCGCAGGCGCAAUAUAGUGCAGAGAAUUUGAAUUCACUGGACGUAGAAGACACACCAAUUGAACCGACAGCGCCGCAUAGACGCAUCUGCCAGGCUGAUUAUACUUUUUGUUUUGCACUCUGGCGGCAAUAUCCGAAUGGUACACGUAUCGAGAAACAAGGUUGUUGGAAAGAGAGCACCGAACGCAAUGCCACAUGCAGUCAGUCGGAGUGCACAAGCUCAGCGCCUACAUCACGCAACAAUUCUCUAUACUAUUGCUGCUGUUCGGGUGAUUCCUGUAAUAAGAAUGUGGCCGUGGUGGAACCAGCGCCCUUGCAGCUCUCCAAACCCAUUUAUGGCGCUGACAAAAAUGUUUCUAUGCACUUUGGCGAUGCUGGUGUGGGCGUCAUUCUGACUGUGAUUGUUGUAUUGAUUCUAUGCUUGUCGGUUAGCAGUUUUGCGGCUUACUGUUAUGUGCACAAAAUUAAAGACAAAACCAUGCCCGAGGAAGCACCACUGGCACCUUCCGGUCCUGGUUAUAGUUCGAACCUGCGAAAUGUGGAUAAUAUUAACUUGAUAUGCAUGCUCGGCAAUGGUAAAUAUGGUACCGUUAUGAAGGGUUUACUGCACGAUCAAGAGGUGGCUGUGAAGAUAUUCCCGGAAAGUCAUUAUCCAUAUUAUAUUAAUGAACGGAACAUUUACUCGCUGCCUAUGAUGGAUAGUCCCUCGUUGCUAACAUACUUUGGUUAUGACGAGCGUCACACAAUGGACGGUAAAAUCGAAUAUCAGUUGGUGCUAUCACUAGCUCCAUUGGGCUGCUUACAGGAUUGGCUUAUAGCCAAUACUAUGAGUUUCGAGACCUUCUGUGGUAUGGCGAAGUCCAUUACACGGGGUCUCUCACAUCUACAUACGGAGAUAAGUCGCGGGGAUGAGUAUAAACCAUGCGUUGCCCAUCGGGACUUCAACUCGCGUAAUGUGCUCGUCAAAGCCGAUCGUACAUGUUGCAUAGCCGAUUUCGGCUUUGCGCUAAAAGUGUUCGGCUCCAAGUAUGAAUAUCGCGGCGAAGUUGCUGUCGCCGAAACGAAAAGCAUUAAUGAAGUCGGCACACUACGUUACAUGGCACCUGAACUUUUAGAGGGCGCUGUAAAUUUACGUGACUGUGAGACAUCGCUCAAGCAGAUGGACGUGUAUGCGUUGGGGCUGGUGCUCUGGGAAGUGGCGACUCGUUGUACAGACUAUUAUGCGCCGGCGCAAAUGACGCCAGCUUAUAAGGCGCCCUACGAACAAGAGGUCGGCACACAUCCCACCUUCGAUCAGAUGCAGGCGUUGGUAGUGCGGCACAAAGCAAGACCACUCUUUCCGCCUGGUUGGGGUGGUGGCGCUGCGGCUAAGCUAAUUAAAGACACAUGUGAGGAUUCUUGGGAUCAUGAUGCUGAGGCGCGUUUAACUUCGCUAUGCGCCGAGGAGCGUAUGCAAGAAGCAGCUGGUUUGCGGCCACGCUACUCACACGCACAAUCGCCUAGUCCGUUAUUGAGCGCCAACAAUUUACUUGCUGUCGAUCAUGUCGACUCAUCAGCGGUACGUAUAUCUAUGGAAACAUGUCAAUCGGAGACGGCAACAAUGCUGCAGCCGCCACCAAAUCAGAAGCUGUUGCCGCGUGCUCAUAGUAUGGGCAGUGAGUUGGGUGGCAUGCCACCGCAGACAGAGAAAAAUCAUCUCAUACACACACAACAACAACUGCAACCAUAUCAGGGACGCAAUCCAUGUCAGGAGCGUAACUUGGCGCCGGUCGCAACGCGUCCACCACAAAUUCUGGUUGAGAAAAGUAAGAAGCAUAGCUUUCAGACGGGUCAAGAGAAUAGUUUCUCAUGCCUCGAAGACGACGUUUCAGUAGAGGAUUUAAUCUCUGGCGGUAGCACGAAGAAGAUUAGCAAUUUUAUGACUGACAAUACUUCCAGCAUGGGUGAAGGCUUCCCCAAACAACACAACACCGAUCGAAAGCUGCGCGGUUGGCAUGGCGUACGUGCCUUAAUACAAAAGAAACUCUUUCGUAAGAGUGACGUCGGCGCUGACGUUUUCCAGCAACAAUUCGGUUAUGGCGAUGAAAAGUCCAACUUAGUUGACAAUCGUUAUGCGGCGGUAAUUAAGGGACUAGACAACACCGGCACCGAAAGGCUGGCCAAAGCAGCCACCGUUAGCUACAUCGACGAUCGACAGCGCUGCAACAAUGGCGUUGCCACAUUAAAAACCACAAUGCUCAGCGAUAUCUAUCCGCAUACGAGACGACCCAAUAAUCUCGACUUGAGUCCUCUCAAUGGUGCUGCAGUUCCGGUCGCUGAGUGCAGUACGCCGCUUAACAGCGCCACCUACAACAAAUCCAAUUUAAUACAGAGUAUUGCGGAGGAGUGUCACGAUAGCGUGCCUAAAGUGCGUCUACAGCAAUUGGACACACGCACAAGUACGCCCUGUCACGUGGUGCCGCGUUCCCUCUCCACCAGUCUGAUAAAAAAUAUGAAUCGUAAUAAUAAUAACCUCACUAAAAGUGAGCUUAACCCAGUGAAUGUGGCAAAGUGUCCAAAGGAGGCGAUACCGCCAACGGCUGCCAACUCGGCUGGCCAUCUCAGCGCGCCCAAUCACGCCGACAUACUGUUUCGGCGACAGCGCAGCCUUGAGAUGUUCCGCGAAGUGUUCAGUGGGCGUGGCAGCACGGAGCGACUACGCGAUCCUAGUCAACGUGUGAAAACACCGGGCGAUGUGCCGCCUUCAGUGCGUAAAGUGCGCGCCUCCAAGACGCUCAGUCUCUACGACGAUCGAAUGAUGGACUCGUCCACGCUGAAUAUACUCUAGCAUGAGGAAGUUCUGUUGCUGGAAUUGUAAACUGCGAGAAGUUGUGUUAAGUUUACAAUGGCGGCAGACAGAACAGUAGUGUUAUAAACGAAAGUAGACGAAGUGCUUCGUUGAAAAUACGCUCGCAUGUUUGACAUGGCAUAGAGACGAGAGCGCCGACACACGCGCUGAAAUUGCAAUACAAGAUUUCCACUCUAUUUUACAUAGACACGAGUAUUUAUGUAACUAUAUGACCCAACUGUAUUGUAUGUAUUUACAUGGAAAACUCUAUACAUAUACAUGUGUAGAUUUGUAUGUGUUUGUAUAAGUGAAAUAACCAAAGUCCUUAUAGUGUAA